GCCUGAUUGGCUACCUAACGGAGCGACCGACUUCUGGUGUGGCGCUAGGCUAGUAGCAAGCAAAGGGUCCAGCGGGCUCUGUGGCGGCGGCGAGCUUGAAAUUGGAAUCGUUUGAAUUUGGCGUCGAAGAAAGUCGCAAAUGUUGAGUCCGGGCGGCGUGUCGGCGGCUCUGCUGCUCGCCGCGGUGCUGACGACGAGCGAGGCGCUCAAAGAAGGAGAAUGUGAAGUGUGCGUGACUUUUUUGGGCAAGUUCUACGGCUCGCUUCGGGAGCGCAAAGCGGACCUGAACAGCGGCGAUGUGGAGAAGGCGCUCCUCGAGAGCUGCGGCGCCGCCAAAGGCAAAGAAAAUCGUUUCUGUUACUACAUCGGGGCGACCAGCGACGCCGCCACCAAGAUGAUCAACGAGGUGUCCAAGCCGCUCAGCUACCACGUCCCUGUGGACAGAAUCUGCGAGAAGCUCAAGAAGAAAGACAGCCAGAUCUGCGAACUCAGAUACGACAAGCAGCUGGACCUGAGCUCGGUGGACCUGAAGAAGCUGAAGGUGAAGGACCUGAAGAAGAUUCUGGAGGAGUGGGGCGAGUCGUGCAAGGGUUGCGCCGAAAAGUCCGACUUCAUCCGUAAGAUCACGGAGCUGAUGCCCAAGUACGCCCCUGCCGCCGCCAGCGCACGGACUGACCUGUGACCUCUGACCCGCGGGGACUCUGCCGCUUGACUGGCAGUUUCGUCCUCUCUCUUCUUUUCAUGCGACUCGCUCAGGACGCCGUUCGGCGGACGUUUGGCUCCGCUCGCCGUCCGGGCCGGAGGCCGCCGUCAUCACUUCCUGUUUGUGACUUGAUGUCUGUGUUUGUAUUAAAAGAUGUUUCAUGGGCAUUUUUUAUUAUUAUUAUUAUUUUUUUAAAUGUGUGUGUGUGUAUAUAUAUAUAUAUAUAUAUAUAUAUAUAUAUACACUAUAACUAGUGCAGCGGUUCUGGAACGGGCUCGGCAGGGUCGUGUCGGCUUUGGGCCAGUUAGAAGCUCUGAUUCGAUUGCCGUGUGUCAUUGCUUCAAUCUUCCCUUUCCACAUUAAUAUUAGUAUUUUUAAUACAACAAAAAAGGGUAUUAUUACUACAGCCUGAGCGAUAUGGAUAUUUGGAGGCCAAUUCCGAUAUUUGGCGGAGUAAAAUUCCCAUAGCCAAUUAAUUUAAAAAAUAUAUGCCAACUAAAAUAACUUCUGUUUUGGUCUCUUAAUGCUUACAACAACAAAGAUAUGAACUAUAGACAGAAUAUUUGAUUGUUUUGUCCUACUAUCUGUUGAACUUUGCAACCAAUUUUUGCUGAUUUGUUUGUUUGAAUUUCAUUCUUUGUUUUAUGUUGUAAUGUGUUUAAAAAAAAAAAUAAUAAUAAUAAUCGGCCGCUUUUGGGCCUAUUUGAAAAGGGGUUAAAGUUGGCUGAUUAAAUCGGUCGGGCCCUAAAUUAUUACAUUCAAAAUAUCCUUUUUUUUUUCUGAGACACGAGGUGAAAUUUUUGAGAUCGACCCAUGUUUUUUUUUUUAAUCUUUGAAAAAUAAUUUUCCACUUGUAACAUGACACCAUUUUUGUAAAAUUGCCCACUUUUUCAUUCCUAUGACAUUCAGGGGUCUGUGUGGUAGUUUGGAUAAUGAGGGGGUCCGCUUAGCUUAGCAUCAAGUCACAAGCUGCUGUUUGUAACAUUUGUAGUCCUUUAACCUCUGUCAAAUGUAUGACGGACAUUCCAAGUUUUCUCAUUUGGAGGAAACGCCGAAGAGCAAACGUGCGAGUGAGGCCCCAAAACACGCUAAGCCGUGUCGUUGCAGCUCAAUGGAAUUGUCUUUCUGUGUUUGGAUAUUGAUUUGAUUUGCUCAAGUUUGCUUGGCAGAUGCUGGCGUGCGCUUCAUCUUGCUGGGAAUGGAUGGAAAACUCAUCACUGUGAGUUUUCAGAUGUGAAAUAAAAACCAAACUUCUUCCA